AUGAGGAUAUGCUCCACGUGUGGCGGCAGAGGUCAAGUCAUGAGGACCGAACAAACACCUUUUGGUAUGUUCUCACAGGUUUCUGUAUGUCCAAAUUGCAACGGGAAGGGUGAAAUGAUAUCGGAGUAUUGCCGGAAAUGCUCGGGUGAAGGGCGGAUACGUGUGAAGAAAGAUAUCAAAGUCAAGAUUCCACCUGGAGUCAGCAAGGGUAGUAUCCUUAGAGUUGCUGGAGAAGGUGAUGCUGGUCCAAAAGGAGGUCCUCCCGGAGAUCUGUAUGUUUACCUUGGUGUUGAAGAAAUCCCGGAGAUCCAAAGAGAUGGGAUUAAUCUAAUGUCAUCCAUCUCCAUUUCGUAUCUUGAUGCCAUACUUGGAACUGUUGCUAAGGUGAAGACGGUUGAGGGGAUGACUGAACUUCAGAUCCCUCCAGGAACCCAACCUGGUGAUACUCUUGUCUUGGCAAAGAAAGGUGCUCCUAAACUCAACAGACCUUCCAUACGUGGUGAUCAUUUGUUCACCAUUAAAGUUAGUAUACCUAGACGUAUCAGUGGACAAGAACGUGAGCUUCUUGAAGAACUUGCUUCUCUGAAAAACCCCACCUCCACCCGUCCCCGUUCUCGCUCUCAACAACCUGCUAAAGUCACAGAAACUCAAGCGGAUCCUGUGGCUGAGGAAACCGACAGCUCAGCUGAUGAAGAUGACCCCUUGAAGAAGAUAACAAACUUUGCCGGGUCUGUCGUAAAAGGAGCUUUGAAUUGGUUCAAGGAGAACUUCUAGAAGCAGAGCAUGUAUUAAUUAAUUAAUUAAUACUCUCUUCCAUCUAACGUAGUGUCCAAAAGAUUAAAAGAAUAUCCUCAUCAAAUGCUGCUUGCUCAAGAAAUCGAAAUGUACUACGUGAAACAAUUCUUCAAUUUUUUAGAAAUCAUAUCUCAAAGUUCAU